AUGACUGGGAGUAAGGAAUCUGUGAGCUUUAUUGAAAAGCCUCUGAGACUGGAGGUGGCAGCAGCGCCGAAGUCGCGCUUCAUUCUGCUCCACUACAGUGUGCCGAAAGCCCUGUAGGACUGGCUAAUUAUUUUUGGCACUUUCUACCUGGCUGUCACCGUGCCCUACAACGUCAGUUUCACGGCCGCCGAUCACACCGCUAUAGAUGCACCCUUGACUGUCAUCGCAGACGUUGUAGUGGAAUUGCUCUUUAUUGCAGACAUUGUGUUGAACUUCAGCACCACCUAUGUGGACAAGUCAGGGAAGGUGGUGUAUGACCCGCGCUCCAUUUGCAUUCACUACGUCACCACCUGGUUCUUUGUGGACCUGGUUGCAGCCCUGCCCAUUGACCUGCUGUAUGCUGCGCACAUCCCAGUGAGCUCCUUCGUCCACCUGCUCAAGACUAUACGCCUGCUGCAUUUCCUUCGCCUGUUUCAGAAAUUGUACAACGCCUCGGCGCUGACCUUACUAAUGUCAGUCUCUACUCUGCUGGCACACUGGAUGGCCUGUAUCUGGUACGUGAUUGGACGCAUGGAGAUGGCAAACGAAAAGACUUGGCACAACGGGUGGCUCUUUCAACUGAGCAAACAGCGGGAUAUGCCCUUCUUCAACAGCACGGCGGGGGGCCCGUCGAUGUACAGCUCCUACGUCGCUGCCCUUCAUUUUUGCCUCAGCAGCCUGACCAGUUUGGGCUUUGGCAAUAUCAGUGCCAACACCCCUGCUGAGAAGAUCUUCUGCAUCUGCACCAUGCUUGUUGGCGCGCUGAUGAACACCCUGGUGUUCAGUAACGUGACCACCGUCAUCCAGCGUAUGUACUCACGCCGUUCUCUCUACGACACAAGCAUGGAGGACCUGAAGGACUUCAUCCGUCUCCACCAUCUGCCUGAGCAGCUCGAAAAUCGCAUGCUGGAGUACUUCCAGAACACAUGGUCUGUCAACAGUGGCAUAGAUGUCAAUGAGCUCCUGCACGACUUCCCUGAUGAGCUGCGGGCCGACAUCGCCAUGCAUCGGAAUAGGGACAUCCUCCAGCUGCCGGUCUUUGCGGGGGCCAGUCGUGGCUGCCAGCGCUCACUCUCCCUCCAUAUAAAAUCCUCCUUCUGCAUCCCCGGGGAGUACCUCAUCCGUCAGGGCGACGUGCUGCAUGCCAACUACUAUGUCUGCUCCGGGUCUCUGGAGGUGCUGAACGACACCACGGUGCUGGCAACAUUAGGAGAAGGGAACCUGUUUGGGGCUGACCUGCCUGGACCAGACCAGGUGAUCAAGACCAAUGCUGAUGUGAAAGUGCUGACACACACUCACCUUCAGUAUAUCAAUCUGCGUCACCUGAAAGAGGUGCUGGGACUCUGCCCCGAGUAUGCCAGUGUUUUCGUCUCAGGCAUCCGCAACAACCUCACCUACAACCUGUGUGAGGGCAGCCAGGACCAGGUACUAAAUAUACUCUCACACACAGAAAACUGGUGUUGACUUACUGUAGGAUUCCAUUUCUCCCAACAGUAAACCUGUGACAGAAAACUCUUUCCCCUGAUUCCUAACUCGCAACACUUUCAUUCAGUAUGCUUCAACCUGAGCCGACCAACCCACAAACCUUCAUCCAGUGUUUUCCUACAUGUGUAGUAACCAGUCACACCCAAACCCAACAGGAAGUCAGCCAUUUUGAAUUGAAUAUGAAAUCCUUCACCAUUUAUUUAAAGACCCUGCUGUGGUAAUUUGCAAAGCUUUUGAGGUUUUGUGGCCAAAUGGAGACUUUCGAUGUUCCAAAAUAAGUAAUCGUGCUAAUAGAUUAAAUGUUUCGACAUAAGUAACUGUAUAACUCGACCACACAUUGUCACAUCUUUUCCACACUUCACAUUCGAUAAGCGCAGUGUCCAGUAUUCAAAGCCAACUAAAAUUUCCACCCAAAUUUAGCAAGAUUCCAAUCAUUCUAAAUAUUUCUGUAUUCAUUUAAUUAUUAUUCCAGCAUUUUCAAAUUGCAUUUCUGCUUUAAUGUGUUUCCAUAGCCUCAGGGUUUGACACAAACAAAUCAGGCACAUUAAAAGGUGUACAGUUCUUAAAGGUCUUUUCACACAGGAAGCGACACUCCGCCUGCGUAGUCGCUUUGCCCUGUGUGGUCGCUUUGCGCUUCACAUGUGAACAGACAGGCAGACAAGCGUUCUGUGAGUAAACACCAGGUGCUCUAUAGUUAGAGACACACUAAUCGUGUGUGUAUAACGCGCCGAAGCAAGACUUAGAACAAGGCUUUCA